AUAAACUUGAAAAUUAUGGAAAGACCUAACGUAGUACUGAAGUUGCACGCAAUUUCAAUAUGUACCACAAUCCAGUCAGCGUUUGGAAGCAAGUUCGGUUUCAAAAUCGUGGACGGAAAGAAACAGACGCUCUCUCUUACAAGACGGCAUUUCCCUGUCCCCUUCUUCGCCUUGUGUUCCGUUCUCUGCUUUCACCGCCUCGCCGGCUUCGUUUUAGUCGACGCCCUUUCCCGCUGCCUCUACAAGUCGCGUACCUCCUCCUCUCCUCUUCCACGCCAUCGAUCGCCGGGGAGGAAGCGGAGGAUCAGCCAAGUGAACUACCCAAAGCAAAGCCCGUCAAAUGGAGCCGUCCCGUGGCACCUCUCGUGCUUCUCUGCUUCCUCUGCUGCUCCUCCCCUUCCUCUUCGCGCUGUCGGCGCUCGGCCCCGGCCGCGCGGCCGCCACCGGCGUCUUCCAGGUCCGCCGAAACUUCCCGCGCCACCAGGGAAACGGCCCCGGCGGGGAAGAGCACCUGGCGGCGCUCCGGAAGCACGACGGGCGCCGCCUCCUCACCGCCGUCGACCUGCCCCUCGGCGGCAACGGCAUCCCCACCGACACCGGGCUCUACUUCACGCAGAUUGGGAUCGGCACGCCGUCCAAGGGCUACUACGUGCAGGUGGACACCGGCAGCGACAUACUCUGGGUCAACUGCAUCUCCUGCGACAGCUGCCCCCGCAAGAGCGGCCUCGGGAUCUUACGCUGUACGACCCGACCGCAUCGGCGAGCAGCAAAACGGUGACGUGCGGCCAGGAGUUCUGCGCCACUGCUACUAACGGCGGCGUUCCACCCUCAUGCGCCGCCAACUCGCCGUGCCAGUACAGCAUCACAUACGGAGACGGAAGCUCCACGACUGGAUUCUUUGUUGCAGACUUCUUACAGUACGACCAGGUGUCGGGUGAUGGCCAAACAAACUUGGCCAAUGCAAGCGUCACAUUUGGGUGUGGUGCUAAGAUUGGUGGGGCGUUGGGCUCCUCAAACGUGGCUCUUGACGGGAUUCUUGGAUUUGGCCAAGCAAAUUCAUCGAUGCUAUCACAGCUAACAUCUGCAGGAAAAGUGACGAAGAUUUUUUCACAUUGCUUGGACACCGUAAAUGGUGGAGGGAUUUUUGCUAUUGGGAAUGUCGUGCAGCCGAAAGUGAAGACAACGCCAUUGGUGCCCGGCAUGCCGCAUUACAAUGUCGUCUUGAAAACAAUUGAUGUUGGUGGUUCUACGCUACAGCUUCCAACAAAUAUUUUUGAUAUAGGUGGUGGAAGUAGAGGUACCAUCAUUGAUAGUGGAACAACAUUAGCGUAUCUACCAGAGGUGGUUUAUAAGGCUGUACUGUCUGCGGUGUUUUCUAACCAUCCAGAUGUGACCUUAAAAAAUGUUCAAGACUUCCUUUGUUUCCAGUACUCUGGAAGUGUCGACAAUGGAUUCCCUGAAGUUACCUUUCACUUCGACGGAGAUCUUCCACUAGUUGUUUAUCCACAUGACUAUCUUUUUCAAAAUACGGAAGAUGUGUACUGCGUGGGAUUCCAGAGUGGCGGAGUACAAUCCAAGGAUGGGAAAGAUAUGGUGCUUUUGGGAGAUCUAGCCCUUUCAAAUAAACUGGUUGUUUACGACUUAGAAAAUCAAGUUAUUGGAUGGACUAAUUACAACUGCUCCUCCAGCAUUAAAAUCAAGGAUGAUAAGACUGGAUCAGUAUACACCGUGGACGCACAUGAUAUCUCCCAUGCAUGGAGAUUUCACAAGUCUUUGUUUUCGUUGCUAGUAACAGUUCUGUGCAGCUACCUAAUGUUGUAACCCGACAUCUGAUUCUCGGAACUCUGUGUGAUUGUAACAUUUUUUUUUGUUCUUCAUAUUGGGGGAUGGGGGAGGGGGAGGAGGACAGGUUAGGUUGUAAACGUCUUGGAAACACGAGGGGAAAGGAAAUAUACCGACGACCUUGUAGGAUUUGGUCUGUCGAUUGUCACAUGAAGAAUAAUACGGAGUACUUUUGGAAGUGAUUUUUGCCCA